AUGGCGGCAACGAGGAAACCCUUACUCUCUUUGCUCACCAGAGUUAGCCGAACAAGCAGCAGAAGAACCUAUGGUGUUGUGGCUCAAGGCACUUCUUCCUCCUCUUCUAACCAUCUCAUCAACCUUGAACAGGAAUAUAGUGCCCACAAUUACCACCCAGUUCCUGUUGUAUUCUCUGAAGCAAAGGGAUCAACAAUAUGGGAUCCAGAAGGCAAGAAAUAUCUCGAUUUUCUAUCUGCUUACUCAGCUGUUAAUCAGGGACAUUGUCAUCCAAAGAUCAUCAAAGCAUUUCAAGAACAGGCAGAAAGACUCACUCUCAGUUCCAGAGCCUUCUACAAUGACAGGUUUCCAGUUUUUGCUGAGCGUUUGACAAGUAUGCUUGGGUAUGAGAUGGUGCUUCCCAUGAACACUGGUGCUGAAGGAGUGGAGACUGCUCUGAAGUUGGCAAGGAAAUGGGGUUAUGAGAAGAAAAAUAUUCCCCAAGAUGAGGCAAUUAUCGUCUCUUGUUGUGGUUGCUUCCACGGUCGCACAUUGGCUGUCAUCUCUAUGAGCUGUGACAAUGAGGCUACUCGUGGAUUUGGGCCAUUAUUGCCUGGUCAUGUUAAAGUUGAUUUUGGUGAUGCUGUUGCCCUUGAGAAGAUAUUUAAAGAACAUGGAGACAGAAUAGCAGGAUUUCUCUUUGAACCUAUUCAAGGGGAAGCUGGUGUUAUAAUUCCUCCAGAAGGUUAUCUAAAAGCUGUCAGAGAUCUUUGCUCAAAAUAUAACAUUCUGAUGAUUGCUGACGAGAUACAAAGUGGCCUAGCACGGUCGGGAAAAAUGUUGGCUUGUGAUUGGGAAGGUGUUCGUCCAGAUGUUGUGAUACUAGGAAAAGCUUUGGGUGGUGGCGUAAUACCUGUAAGUGCAGUGCUUGCUGACAAAGAUGUAAUGCUUUGCAUUCGACCUGGAGAACAUGGAAGCACCUUUGGGGGGAAUCCUUUGGCCAGUGAGGUGGCCAUUGCCUCGCUAGAUGUAAUCCAGGAGGAGAAACUUGCUGAGAGAUCUGCCCGUUUAGGAGAAGAGCUUUUGCAUCAGCUGCUUAAGAUUAAGGAAAAGUUUCCAAGCUACAUUAAGGAAGUUCGAGGAAGGGGUUUAUUCACUGCUGUAGAGUUCAAUAGUAGGACCUUGUUUCCUGUUUCGGCAUAUGAUAUCUGUCUAAAGAUGAAAGAAAGAGGAGUUCUUGCCAAACCCACACAUGACACCAUUGUACGGUUGACUCCACCACUUUGCAUAAGUCCGGAUGAGGUGAAAGAAGGAUCGAAGGUGCUGCAAGAUGUUCUGGAACUGGAUGUACCGAAAAUGCAGAAGGCGAAGCCGAAAGAUUUUCCGAUGAAAGCUACGAUCUGUGAUCGAUGUGGGCGAAACUUGCAUGAUUAACGAGAGAGUUGAGAUAUGCUGCAUGUUUGGAUACGGAUCACAAGUGUCUUCAAUCUCUUUCUUCAAAUAUAUAUAUAUAUAUAAUGUUAAAAGGGCCAAUGAUUGGAUUGUUGGGACUGGAGGUAGCCAUCUCACUGGCUUGUUGGUCUAGACUCGAGUAGCUUUAAUAUUUAAUGUUUCCAUGCUUCCGAUUA